AUGACACACAUGGCACCCGACGCACGGGCCACCGAGGCGGGUCCACCUCCGCCUCCACCGCGCAGCUUCUCCCGGUAUCGAACGCUGCGCGGAAAGAGCGUCUCGUCGCCCUCGUCGUCCCGCGACAACAAAAGCGACAAAAACAACAAAGACAUCAAAACAAGCACCAAGACCUUGGAUGACGCUGGCGCCGGCUCCGGCUGCGGCGAAACCCAGUCCUCGUCGGCAGGCGCGCCGGACCAGGUCAGCUCGGACUCGCGGUCCCGUUCCAAGAGCCUGUCCAGCUUCCGCCUCUCGCUCAAGGCCCAGCAGCAGGCAUUGUCGGUGCCAGCCUUGCCCACCAGGGUGCUGAGCCCUAAACCCGUCAGCAUCGCCGCUCAGUCCAGCCUCAGAUUCCUGGAGAGCUGGCGAUUGCUUGCAGGCAGCAGCAAGCCAGCCAAUGGGGGCGCGGCCACUGGCAGGGAUGGCGGCAGCAGCGCCGCAGCGGGUCCGACCCACCAACGAGACGGGCCCCACAGCAGCCAAGAGCCAAUCCAAGAGCCAAUCCGAGAGCCAGACCAAGAGCCAGGCCAAAUCCCCGUCCAAGUCCCCGUCCAAGUCCCCGUCCAAGACCAACAAGACCGCGACCACGACAGGGACCAGCACAAGGACCAGGAUCAGGACCAGGACCAGGUUCAGACCUCUCUGACGCUGCAACAAACACCUGCAAACGAAAAUCACCCGCAGGCGGAAGAGACCAAGGGCAAGCUUGAUGUCAACGCUGACACAAAGGGCUGCGACGACAAGCCGCUGCUGGCGAAGCCUCCUCCACCAGCCGCAAAGCGUCAUCCUCCUCCUCCUCAGCAGCAGCAACAACAACAACAACGCAACGUAGACUGUGACGGCCACGUCGACAAGGUGGCAGAUGAGGUUGCUCGCCUCGAGGCCGAGACGGAUCGCAUUCUCGCCGAACAAAAGAAGCUCGAUCUUGCACGGCUCCAGGCCCAGCUUGUCACCCUUACUCCCUCGCCAAAGCCUAGGCGCCAAAUCUUGGACAAGCUGUCCUUCUUCUCCAGAAACAGGCGGUCCUCCGUGCUGAGCAUUCAGCCCGGCACCCCAAGCACCGUCGUCUCUGCUGUUCUCUCGCCCACCUUUAGCCAGUACAGCCGCGAGAGCAGCCUCGAGGACCCCCCCUCACCACCACUUUCCACUGGCAAGAUGAAAUUUAUCGAACAAGGUGGUAAAGGCAUAGUACCCCAGACGGACGCGCCAUUGUCGGCCAUCAAUGGCGGAGAGAGGCGCGUCAUUGUGCGAUGCUUGUCAUCAACCAUCAACCUUCCCGUAACGGCAGAUACCACACCCAUGGACAUUCUCAAGGCUACGGCUGAGACGACCAGGCAUCAACUCACUCCCGCUAGCAGCGUCAUCAUCGAGUGUUAUCUGCUUCUCGGCUUGGAGCGUCGGCUCCGACGCUACGAACGUGUCCGUGACGUGAUGAAUUCCUGGGACAAGGAUCAGCAAAACUCGCUCCUGGUCAUGUCGCGCGAUGGCUCGCAGACUGAUGAGGAUCUGGACAUAGAGUCUGUCCCUCGCACCGAUGAACCUCCCUCAGGGUUUUCCCUCCAAAUGUAUCACUCGGCAAAACCUGGCAAAUGGAACAAGCGUUGGGUAACACUUCUCGACAACGGGCAGAUGUACGCUGCCAAGUCGGCCAAAAACAAGCCGUCCGACAAGGAAAGCAUUGUUCUCUGCCACCUCACAGACUUUGACGUCUACACACCCAAGGAGAGCGAGAUGCGUCGCCAUCUGAAGCCGCCCAAGCAGUUCUGCUACGCAAUCAAAAGUCAGCAAAAGACGGUCGUGUUCCACAACGGCGAAAACUUUGUCCACUUCUUUUCCAUAGAGGACGCGCAAGAAGCUGAGCACUUCUGCAAAAAGGUGCACGGCUGGCGCAGCUGGUACUUGGCGAGCCGGUUGGUGGAUCUGGAGAAGAGGAGCAAACCUCCUCAACUGGUUCUCGAUGCCAAGGGUGGUGGCACGUCCGGCCCCAAGAGGACCGUCAACAGAAGCUCCGCCAGCGCCCCGUCUUCUACCGUCGCGGGAGAAGAAGAAUCAGAAGAAGCACAAGAAGGAGCCGACGAGCCUCUGAUGAACGUUGAUGAUUUCCGCAUAAGCAAGAUCGUCCUCGACGAUGCCACCAUUCAGAAAUCCCUGUCCAGGGCCAAGACCUCGGCCCGCCGGCCCAACGCGUCGAAGAAGGUUUCCUCUGGUGCCGUCCCCGAGAUUCCCAACACUGUGGACGAGGAAGAGCCCGAGUUCUCUGCGGGAGGGCUGCUGGGAGAUGAAUACAAGAAGCGCAAGCAAGCCGAGGUAGCCUCGUCGACCAAGACAUCCAGCAGCAGCAGCGACGGCCCCUUCACCGAAACCCCGUCGCUCCUGAAUGGCGGCAUCUGCAGUUCUUCGUCGAGUUCGUCCGACGCGAAAAAGCAGCCGGAUAACAAGCCCGAGUCUCCGUCUUGGUUUCCCUCUGCGGCGGAGCACUCGGCCCGUGUUCGGGACCAGCAGGUGGUUCACGUGCAGCAGCAGCAGCAGCAGCGGCAGCGCAGGCCAAUGUCCAGCGGCGGAGUCGUCCGUCGCGAGAGGCACCCUGCACCUCUUCUCAGCUUCGCAGCUGAUUUCCCGGAGCCCCCGCGGUUCCACAAGGGACCGAACCCCGGCAUCAAGCAUGCUCCCGGCCAACCUUUGAUCAACUUUGCCAGCGGAGGCACGUUGAGGGAGCCUCGGGAUUGCGCUCCGAAACGAAACGUGUCCCGCCGGGGCAUGCCUGCUGGCAACGACCUUGCUCCUCCACCGCCACCGCCACCUUGCCCGCAGCGUUUGCGAAGCAAAUCCUCUGCCUCGCAUCCGCAAAGGCGAUAUAACGGCAAUGAAGGCCAUCAGAAGAACGGACCGCUUUUGCAUAUGCGGCGCUCGCAGCACGGCGAGCCACCCUCCCACCCACAUCCCCGCGGUCCUCCGUUGGAGCCUCUUGUGAACAGGGCUCGAUGA